AUGCAUAUCAAACAGAUCAUUAUCCAGGGCUUCAAAAGCUACAAGGAGCAAACCGUAAUAGAACCCUUCUCCGCCGGUACCAAUGUUAUUGUUGGUCGCAACGGUUCAGGCAAGAGUAACUUCUUCGCCGCCAUCCGAUUCGUCCUCAGCGAUGCCUACACCAACAUGAGCCGCGAAGAACGCCAGGCCCUUCUCCACGAGGGUUCCGGCUCGGCUGUCAUGUCAGCAUACGUCGAGAUCAUCUUCGACAACACCGAUAAACGUUUCAGCGAACCCGGCGACGAGGUCGUGAUCAGGAGGACAAUCGGCUUGAAGAAGGACGAAUACUCGGUCGACAAGAAGGUGCAGACCCGUGCCGACGUCCUCAAGAUUCUGGAGACGGCCGGUUUCGCCAAGGAGAACCCCUUCUACAUCGUGCCCCAAGGUCGUGUUGCCGCCAUCACCAACAUGAAGGAAAACGAAAGACUUAACCUGCUCAAGGAAAUUGCCGGUACCAACCUCUAUGACGACAGGCGCAUACAAUCGCUGAAGAUCAUGGCCGAGACCAAUAACAAGCGCGAGAAGAUCGACGAAUUGCUCGAGUACAUCAAGGAGCGUCUUAGCGAGCUGGAGGAGGAGAAGGACGAACUCCGCGACUUCCAAGAAAAGGACCGCGAACGCAGGUGUCUCGAGUACGCCCACUGGCACCGCCUACAGGAGACCAACAACAACACUCUGGAGCAGAUCGAAGAGGUGAGACAGGGAGGUGCUGGCGCAACGACCAAGGACCGUGGCCAGCUCCAGAAAACGGAAAAGGAAAUCGCCGCCCUAGAUCACAAGUUCCAGGAGUUGAAGCAGACCCUUGAACUCCUGGCCAUCGAACGGCGCCAGCUGGAUGAGGACAGGAAAGACACGGCGCGGUCGCAGGCAAAGGCCGAGAUGAAGCUAAAACACCUGGACGAGACACGACAUUCGCGCGAGAAAGCCCAGCAGCAACAGGAAGCAGAGCUGAACGAGGUCAGGCGAAGGAUCCAGGCGGCCGAGUCCGAGAUUGCCAAGAUCACACCAGACUAUGAGAAGUGGAAGAAGGAGGAGGAAGAAGUUGCGGCCGAGAGGGAUCUGGCGCACGCUGGUCGUACCAGGUUGCUGACGAAGCAGACGAGAAGUUCCCAGUUCAGGACAAAGGCCGAGCGCGAUGCUUUCCUGAAGAGCGAAAUUGAGGAGACAACCAUGCAGCUUGCGAACCAGCGGGCCAACGAAAUGGAUGCGAAGGAGCAGGUGACGCUUGUCGAGAACUCUAUCAAGCAACUCGAGAACGAGAUCCAGAACAUCCGCGACAGACUUGAAGGAUUCGGUGAAGACCGGUCAUCAAUCUCCGAGAAGCUGACCAAGGCUCAGGAGGCCAGGGAACAGUUGUACGAGGAGCGAAAGAGACUGCGUCGCGAGGAGGACAAGCUCGGUUCUUUGCUUGCAAACACCCGUGCGGAUAGGGACAAGGCGGAGGCGGACCUCUCACAUGCCAUGGAUUCCGCUACAGCAAGGGGUCUGGCAGCGAUCAGACGCCUCAAGAGAGAGCGGGACAUCCCCGGUGCCUAUGGUACGCUGGCAGAGCUUAUGAACGUGCCAGUAGACGCCUACAGAUUGCCGGUCGAGCAGGUGGCUGGUAACAGCCUGUUCCAUUAUGUCGUCGACAAUGAGAAAACCGGCACCAUACUCUCUGAGUACCUCCACAAGAACUAUGGCGGUCGUGUCACAUUCAUGCCUCUUGAACAACUACGACCCAGGCAAGUCAAGAUGCCAAGGGCCUCGGACGCCCAACCACUUAUCAGCAAAAUCGAGUUCGAUCCGAUAUACGAGAAGGCAUUCCAGCAGGUCUUUGGGCGCACUAUUGUCUGCCCUAAUCUGACGGUGGCCGGUCAGUAUGCGCGCACACACGGUGUAGAUGCCAUCACCCCCGAAGGUGACACAACCAACAAGCGGGGUGCUAUGACCGGUGGCUAUGUCGAUGCUCGCCGAUCACGGUUGGAAGCGGUACGGAGACUCGAAGAGCUUCGGGAACUUUACGAACAACAGCUGGAAGACUUGGACAAGAUCAAGAAGGAAGAUGAGGCUCUAGAGCAGAAGAUCACGAGCGCUAACGGCGAGGAACGCAAGCUCGACCAACAAAUACGCCAGUUCGAGUCGGGCUUCGAGCCCCUGAAGGCCGACUUGCGGACCAAGUCGCUUCAGCUGGAUCGCGAACGGCGACAUCUUGAGGACGCCAAGAAGCGCUGGGCCGCGAUCGAGAAGAACCUGAAGGAGUUCGACGAGAACCUCACAGCGUACCGGGCCGAAAUGGAUUCCGAGUUCAAGAAGGCGCUAUCAGCCGCUGAGGAGCGCCAGCUCGAAGAGUUCGCUGCAGAAGAGCAUCGUCUGCAGAUGCAGCUGAAGGACAUUAGCAGGAAGCGUCUGGAGCUGGAAGGCCGCAAGAAGUCGCUAGAGACGGAACUUCGUGCGCAUCUCAGGCCGCAGGAGGAUCAGCUGCGCAGCCAGGCGUUUGAGAACUCGGCGACCGGAGGAAGCGGGAGCUUUAAGGACGCUCAGAAGGAACUCGAGAAGCUUAAGAAGGCUGCUGCUGAGGUCGACAGGCAACUGCAGGAGAACGAGGAGAAGACGGAGGGUAUCGCGGCCGAGAUUGCCGAGCUAGAGGCCCACAAGGCGCAAAAGGAGCAGGAACAACAGGAGCUCCAGAAGCGGAUCGAUCAGUAUCAGAAAAAGUUGGAGAAGAACUCGCAGACCAAGGCUCGUCUCCUGCAACAGGCGGCUGAGUAUGCCAAGAACAUCCGUGAUCUCGGUAUUCUGCCUGAGGAAGCCUUUGGCAAGUAUGAGAAGAUGAAGUCUGAGCAGGCAAUCAACGAGGCUCUCAAGAAGUACAAACACAUCAACAAGAAAGCCUUUGACCAAUACAACAACUUCACCACGCAGCGCGAGCAGCUCCUGAAGCGCAGGAAGGAGCUCGACACCUCGCAAAAGUCCAUCGAGGAACUCAUCCAGCAUCUCGACCACGCCAAGGAUGAGGCCAUCGAGCGAACGUUCAAGCAGGUCUCCCGCGAGUUCUCCACCAUAUUCGAGAAGCUCGUACCCGCCGGCCACGGCCGUCUGGUCAUCCAGCGCAAGGCUGCCGGCAGCAAGAACCGCAACGCAGAGGACUCGGACGAGGAUGCCUCGGGAGGAGCUAAGGGCGUUGAGUCCUACAGCGGUGUGGGCAUCAGCGUCAGCUUCAACUCCAAGGUCAUGGAUGAGCAGCAAAAGAUUCAGCAGCUCAGUGGUGGACAGAAGAGUCUCUGCGCCCUCUGCCUAAUCUUCGCCCUCCAAGCCGCCGAGUCGUCCCCCUUUGUCAUCUUCGACGAGGUCGACGCCAACCUGGACGCCCAGUACCGCACCGCCGUCGCCGCCCUUUUGGACUCCAUCUCCAAGACCCAGAAGACCCAGUUCAUCUGCACCACCUUCCGGCCCGAGAUCGUCCUGGUCGCCGAUAAGUGCUACGGCGUCACGUUCCAUAAUAAGACGAGCACCAUUGAUUGCGUCCCCACUGAGGAGGCGCUGAAUUUCGUGGAGGGGCAGGUUAGUGGUGGGAAGUAA